UCACAGAGGAAAGCCAGGAACCUGCAGGCACACAGUAUCCUGGGUACAGUUGCAUAUCAUGCAGCGCUACUUCGCAGACCGUCGGAGAGGAGACUCAACGACUGAUGGGACCACCCUCAGUGUGACCAGCCCCGAGCCCACGGAAGGCAGUCUGGAAAUGUGCUGGCCAGGGACCACCGAGGGACCGGCCCUGGCCCAUGAAGAUGACCUGUCCCCAAAGACACGGUGGCGUGUCUCACUGGGCUGGAGCGCCUCCUCACCCUCGUCCGAAUCCUCAUCCUCUUACCGCUCCUACACUCAGCGCCCUUUCUACUGUCAGGGUCAGGGUCCGGACCCUGGCCCACAGACAAUGCCAGCGCUGUACGCCCGUGUGCAGACAGUGCGCGGCGUGGCCGUGGCCUGGGAGACCGAGGGGGGCUUUGCGCCCAUCAGCAGCCGGCCGCGCGUCCGCGAGGCCCAGUUCCUCGGGCGGCGACGUUGGCGUGGCUCCUCCUUUGAGGUGGCCUCCAACACAGACCUGCAUGGAGACCUGGAAACCUGCGGUGGAGAGCGCGAAGCGGAGCCUGAGGAGGAUGCGGGGCGAGAGGACGCUGAGCUGGAGCAGGAGCCACGCGCGCCGCCGGACUCCCUAGUUACCACCAGACACGGGCUGCGCUGUGUCGCCUGCUGCCGUGUCUUCCCAUCCCUGCCCGCGCUCCUGGAUCACGCGCAGCAUGGCGUCCACCAGGGCUUCAGCUGCCAGAUCUUUUUCGAGGAGAUGCUGGAGAUGCGGCGAGCGCGGGGCCAGGCGAAGGAGCUGGAGGGCGAGGAGCCGAGCCAAGGGGAGGGCGGCGAGCAGCAUGUCAGGCCCGGUGGUGAAGACCCUGGGUCAGGCAGGCAGCAGCAGUGAAGUUCAGGGAGGCAUGCCUAACCCUCCAUCCAGCCCCUGGGCCAGCUCCCCCUUCCAGCCAGCAGGAUCAGAUCCAGGGCACCCUGGAGUCCCUGCUCGGGCCCAGCUUUUCAAAACCUAAGUGCAAAGAAUGGGCUUGGCGUGUUUGUGAUGGUGCAGAUCUGAGACCCACUCGCAAGCCACAGGGACUUCUGAUUUUGCAGGGACUUCACAGGUGCUCUCUUGCCAUACAAGAUGGGGAUCCCAGGCGAGUCCACUGCCCAUGAAGCUUUAGCCCUAUUUGUUCGUUGUUAGGAAUUCGUUAUUGCCUGAGUUUUGUCUUACCUUAUUGCGAUUAAACCUGAAUGACUCAAAGUUGAAA